AGUUUUCGUCUCCCCAGCCUUCGCCCGAGAAUCUUUUAUUUCCUUGUUUCUUGGAAAUGCCGUCUCAACCGUCUAAUCACAAUGAUGCUCGCACCAACGAUUCUCAUUACGCUUUUGCUAGGCUCGCGUUAAAACAAACAGAAGAAGCAGAGAACGACAUGGCUAAGCCUAGUGGACAAGGAGACAUACCUACACAUAGCAAAAUAAUUAACCAUCCUUCAUUUGGACUAGAGUCUUGCAAGGGUGGUAAGCCUAACAGUAAAGCGAAAGUCCCUCAACAUUCUGAGUCUAAGAUACAGACUUCAAAUUCUGAGUCUAACAUCAGACUAAAUGCUGCUGGUAGCUGUCGAUUUGAUAGUUCUUUAGGCUUGUUAACAAAGAAGUUUGUCAAUCUGAUCCAGCAGGCUAAGGAUGGCACCCUUGAUUUGAAUCAUACUGCAGAACUGUUGGAGGUUCAGAAAAGGAGGAUACAUGAUAUCACAAAUGUUCUUGAAGGAAUUGGGUUGAUAGAGAAAACUUCAAAGAACCACAUCCGCUGGAAGGGAUCAGACAAUAUGGAGUCAAAGGAGCUGGGUGAUCAACUUACCUGGUUAAAGGCUGAGGUUGAAAGUUUAUCUACGGAAGAAUGCAGGCUCAGUGAAGCUAUAAGGAAAAGGCAAGAGCAUAUAAAGGCUCUAGAAGAAGAUGAAAAUUAUCAGAAGUAUUCAUUUUUGACAGAGGAGGAUAUCAUGAGCCUUCCUUGCUUCCAGAAUCAAACAAUUAUUGCAAUUAAAGCUCCCCAAACUAGCUAUAUUGAAGUUCCUGAUCCUGAUGAGGACAUUGGUUUUCCCCAAAGGCAGUAUAAAUUGACUAUUAGAAGUUCUACUGGACCAAUUGAUCUGUACCUAUUGAGCAAAUAUGGAGGUCAAGGUGAGGACACGAAUGUCAAGCAGGCUAGACAAAUGGAUCCAUCUUGGAAUUGUGCUCCAUGCAGGAUAGAAAAUGGUGGGUUGUGUCCUGAAGACAUUGGUAGUCAAAAGAAUUCUUCUGGUACACGAACAUUCAAUUUACUCCACUCUGUGGCAACUGGGACGCAGAAGAUUGUUCCUUCUGACUGUGAUAUUGAUGAUGACUAUUGGUUCCGAUCAGAUCCAGAAGUCAGCUUAACUGAUUUGUGGGAUAACUAGUGUCUCUAAGCUAUUCAUGACUCAAGUACCAGAAGCUGUUCAUGAUUCGCAAUUGGAAACUUGUAAAUAUGGGCAAGAGCAAUUAGCAGUAUCAACGUCUCUAACAUGGAGCCUAAGAAGAUCAGACAUCGGCUACUAACAUCACUCAAGAUGAGCAUGCAAAGAAUGUGCAGCAUGAAUUAAGACUCAGGCACUGCUUAGGGGCAUUGUCUACAAUGUGAUGAGAUAUUAGAUAUACAACUCGAAAUUUGAAGUGUAAAUUAUAUCUAGAAUUUUACAUUUAUAAUAGAGCAGAUACUCUUUAGGAAUAAAAGUGCACAGUCGCA